AUGACUAUCAUUGAGGCACCCUCUGAAGAAAACGAAGAUUCAGCAGUGUGUAAUCAGCAAGACUUCAACGGGAAAGAGCAGGAACAUGAGGGCGUCGAGGAACCCACAAUCGAAAUCAGGGAGCAAAAUCAGGAUGAUCCUGAUAAAACACUAGAGGAAGACUCCCUCCCUCAAGAAAUAGAAGAGAAAAAGGAUCAACCCGUCAAUAUGGUUGAGGUCGAACACGAUCCUUCUCUCGAACAAAAAGAAGAAAUCCUUCUACCCCCAGCAGAAAAGGAAACACAAAUGGCCCGCCAUCCCGAAGAAAUGAUUCAGGAAGUUGAAAGCAAAAUCAAGGAGGCACGAAAUGAUGAGGCGACAAGUGUCAUGCCAAAGACUCAUACUGAGCAGGAAAACGCUGCCUCGACUGGUACCCAGAAAAGAACACGACCUGUCAAAUGUGGACCUUUGAAACGUGGUAGAGGUAAAACCUUCACGUUUCGCUGUGCUAAAGGCAUCAACUUUGGACAGAUCAUUGGAAAAGGAGGAAAGUUCACCAAACUGGCCAAGGAAGACCACGGAGUCAUUCUAAACGUUCGUGAUGAUGGCUCAAGACUGGUUCAACUAACUGGGCCGAAGAUGAAUGUCGAAAAUGUCUACCGAGAAAUUAAAUUCAGGGUUGACAAGACUUUCGACAUAAGUGAACUAUCCCAGGUAACGAAAGGGCUCUUUGCAGUUGGAAAGGAAGAGUUUGUCGUCAUUGUUGGAAAGGAGUUCAAGGAGGCCUUGUUGGGCCCAAAGAACAUAAACCUUCAGAGGCUGUUCAAGCAACUGAAUGUGAGCAUCUACCUCCCUGACGAUGAUGACGACCGUGAGUACAUCGGAAUGUUUGGCCCCAUGGAGCAAGCAAAAAAAGCCUACAGAGUAAUUUUGGCCAUGAUGGAGGGCAUCAAAAACUGGCCAAAGGAAGAGGAGUUGAAACUUGUCGGCUUGGAUUGCUAUGAGUUCUGCUUACCGCCAAAGGGCAGAGCUUUUCUCAAAGGCCUUUUCAGACAGCUGGACGAAGAAAUCAGGCACCUAUACGAUGUGAAACUCCUUCUCCCCCAGAGUAAGGACAAGAAGGAUGUGGCCUAUUUAGGGGGAGACAUGAAACAAGCUGCCCGGGCCUAUCGACACGUCCAGGAAGUCCUUCAGGAGCUGAAGGUGGACAGUUCCGAUAUCACAACUGAAGGACUGAAGAGAAUUGAUGCAGGAAGGUAUCAAUUCGAGGUCAACGCCCAACUAAAGGGACUUGUGGUUGGGGCAAAAGGACAGAAUUUAAAGAAAAUCGAGAAGAAGCACAAUGUAAGAAUAACGAUGCACGCGAAAACAGAGAACUACAUAACCAUAAACGGUCAUUUGGACGACGUCCAAGAAGCAUGCCGCGACAUAAAGGAGAUCACGGAGCCAGCAAGAGAGCGAAAAGGAGGGAAUUUCCAACCGGUGGAACUCCUCCCAGGGCUCACGAAGAUUGGGAAUCGCCUGUACAUGACAGUCCUCGACAGGAAGGAGAUAGCCAUUGUCAUCGGCAAAAGAGGCCAGAACAUCAAAAAGCUCACCUCCAAACACAAUGUCUACUUCCAUGGACCAAAGAGGAAUGAGAGUACAGACAAAUGCACGAUCACAGGGGACGAAAAGAAGGUAAUUGCCUUCUAUAACGAAGUCCAUGAGAUCCUGAAGACGAAAAGAGACGAGAGGAGUAACAACCAGGGAAACAGAGGGCAUCCCAGACCUAUCGUCCUAGGAGAUUUCUUCUAA